AUGUCGCGGCCCAGCAGCGUCUCCCCGCGGCAGCCUGGCGGCGCGGGCGGCGGUGCCGGUGGCGGUGCGGGAGGCCCCGCCGCCCCUGCCGCGGGCGCCGCCGGCGCGGGCCGUGGCCGCGCCAAGGGGCUGAAGGACAUCCGCAUCGACGAGGAGGUGAAGAUCGCGGUGAACAUCGCCCUGGAGCGGUUCCGCUUUGGCGAGCAGAAAGAAAUGGAGUUUCCUUCUUCUUUGACUAGUACUGAAAGAGCUUUUAUUCACCGUCUCAGUCAGUCUCUUGGUCUGAUUUCUAAAAGUAAAGGGAAAGGAGCAAAUCGAUACCUGACCGUAAGGAAGAAAGAUGGAUCAGAAAUGGCACAUGCAGUAAUGUCAUGCUGUUUGACUCCCAAUACGAAACAUGCUGUGCGGAGCUUAAUUCAGAGGUUUCCUGUCACAAAUAAAGAACGAACAGAACUUCUGCCAAAGACUGAGCGAGGAAAUGCGUUUGCUGUUGAAGCUGAAAACAGAGAAAUGAGCAAGACUAGUGGACGCCUUAACAAUGGUAUCCCUCAAGUUCCAGUGAAAAGAGGAGAAUCGGAGUUUGAUUCCUUCAGGCAAUCACUACCAGUUUUUGAAAAACAGGAAGAAAUUGUCAAAAUAAUUAAGGACAAUAAAGUUGUUUUGAUUGUAGGAGAGACUGGAUCAGGAAAAACUACUCAAAUUCCUCAGUUCCUUCUUGAUGACUGUUACAAAAAUGGAAUUCCCUGUCGUAUAUUUUGCACUCAGCCAAGGCGCUUGGCAGCUAUUGCUGUGGCCGAAAGAGUGGCAGCAGAAAGAAGAGAAAAGAUUGGCCAGACAAUUGGUUAUCAGAUCCGAUUAGAAAGCAGGGUUUCUCCGAAGACAUUAUUAACAUUUUGCACUAAUGGCGUACUACUUCGCACACUAAUGGCGGGAGACAGCACUCUGUCCACAGUGACACAUGUUAUUGUGGAUGAAGUACAUGAGAGGGAUAGAUUCAGUGAUUUCUUGUUAAUAAAACUGAGAGAUGUAUUGCAAAAACAGACUGGUUUAAAAUUAAUUCUUUCCAGUGCUGCUCUAGAUGCAAAUCUUUUUAUUAGGUAUUUUGGAAGUUGUCCAAUAAUACACAUACAAGGAAGACCUUUUGAAGUUAAAGAGAUGUUUCUGGAGGACAUUUUACGAAGCACUGGAUAUACAAAUAAAGAGAUGGUAAAGUACAAAAAGGAGAAACAGCGAGAAGAAAAGCAGCAAAGCACUCUUACUGAGUGGUAUUCUGCUCAAGAAAAUAAUAGCAAACCAGAAUCUCAGAGGCAAAGACCUAUCCCAAGUGUGGCUGAAGAGUAUGACCUAUUAGAUGAUGGUGGUGACACAGUAUUCAAUCAACUGACUGAAAAAGAUGUAAAUUGCCUUGAACCGUGGCUAAUAAAAGAAAUGGAUUCUUGUCUUUCUGACAUUUGGUUGCAUAAAGAUGUUGAUGCCUUUGCUCAGGUGUUUCAUCUCAUUCUAACUGAAAAUGUCAGUGUUGAUUAUAGGCACAGUGAAACCAGUGCGACUGCGCUGAUGAUUGCUUCAGGGAGAGGGUUUCUGAGUCAAGUAGAGCAAUUGAUCAGUAUGGGAGCAAAUGUCCACUGCAAAUCAUCCAAUGGCUGGAUGGCUUUGGAUUGGGCUAAGCACUUUGGACAGACAGAGGUUAUUGACCUGUUGGAAUCCUACAGUGCUUCACUGGAAUUUGGAAACCUGGAUGAAAGUUCCCUGGUCCAAACAAGUGGCAGUGACCUUAGUGUGGAGGACAGAGAACUAUUGAAAGCUUAUCAUCAUAGUUUUGAUGAUGAAAAAGUGGAUCUGGAUCUGAUUAUGCACUUACUUUACAACAUCUGUCAUAGUUGUGAUGCUGGAGCGAUUUUAAUAUUUCUUCCUGGAUAUGAUGAGAUAGUUAGCCUGCGAGACCGUAUCCUUUUUGAUGACAAGAGAUUUGCAGAUAAUGCUCACAGAUACCAAGUUUUUAUGCUUCAUUCAAAUAUGCAGACUUCAGAUCAGAAAAAGGUGCUUAAGAGUCCACCUUCUGGCAUUCGCAAAAUAAUUCUUUCUACUAAUAUUGCAGAAACCAGCAUCACAGUCAAUGAUGUUGUAUUUGUUAUUGAUUCAGGGAAGAUGAAAGAGAAGUCUUUUGAUGCACUGAAUUGUGUUACUAUGUUAAAAAUGGUGUGGAUUUCAAAAGCCAGUGCUAUCCAGAGAAAAGGCAGGGCUGGUCGCUGUCGACCAGGAGUCUGUUUCCGUCUCUUCAGCAAGCUCCGAUUUCAGAAUAUGUUGGAAUUUCAGACACCAGAACUUCUAAGGAUGCCACUUCAGGAACUUUGUUUGCACACAAAAUUGCUGGCUCCAAUUAAUUGCCCAAUUGCUGACUUUCUCAUGAAAGCUCCAGAUCCUCCACCAGCUUUAAUUGUGAGAAAUGCUGUGCAAAUGCUUAAGACAAUAGAUGCUAUGGAUACUUGGGAAGAUCUCACCGAACUUGGCUAUCACCUGGCCGAUUUGCCAGUAGAGCCACACCUUGGUAAAAUGGUGUUGUGUGCAGUUGUUUUGAAGUGCCUGGAUCCUAUUCUUACCAUUGCUUGCACUCUUGCCUAUCGAGAUCCUUUUGUCCUACCUACACAAGCAUCUCAAAAGCGUGCAGCCAUGCUGUGUAGAAAACGUUUUACCGCGGGAACAUUUAGUGACCAUAUGGCGCUUCUCAGGGCUUUCCAGGCAUGGCAGAAAGCACGGAGUGAUGGCUGGGAGAGAGCCUUCUGUGAAAAGAACUUUCUUUCUCAAGCCACGAUGGAAAUCAUCAUAGGAAUGAGAACACAGUUGCUUGGUCAGCUCAGAGCUUCAGGUUUUGUUAGAGCCAGAGGAGGAGGUGAUAUCAGAGAUGUUAACACUAACUCUGAAAACUGGGCUGUAGUUAAAGGUGCCUUAGUGGCUGGGAUGUAUCCAAAUCUAGUGCAUGUGGACAGAGAAAGCCUCAUUUUGACUGGACCAAAGGAGAAGAAAGUACGGUUUCAUCCUACCUCCGUUCUUAGCCAACCUCAGUAUAAAAAGAUUCCUCCAGCAAAUGGGCAAGCUGCAGCCAUUCAGGCACUCCCUACAGACUGGCUCAUAUAUGAUGAAAUGACAAGGGCUCACAGGAUAGCAAAUAUCAGAUGCUGUUCAGUUGUAACACCUGUCACUGUGUCACUCUUCUGCGGACCAGCUAGGUUACCAAGUAAUGCUUUGCAGGAGCCUUCAUCCUUUCGAGUGGAUGGUGUACCUAAUGAUAGCAGUGAUAGUGAGAUGGAGGACAAAACAACUGCUAAUCUGGCAGUACUGAAGCUAGACGAAUGGCUCCAUUUCAAACUGGAUCCUGAAGCUGCUGGUUUGCUGUUGCAACUCAGGCAGAAGUGGCAUAGCUUGUUUCUGCGUCGUAUGCGAGCCCCUUCUAAACCGUGGUCUCAAGUUGAUGAAGCAACUAUAAGAGCAAUUAUAACUGUUCUAAGCACUGAAGAACAGUCUGCAGGUUUGCAGCAGCCUUCAGGAAUUGGGCAGAGACCAAGACCUAUGUCUUCUGAAGAACUUCCUUUAGCAUCUUCAUGGAGGUCAAGUAACAGCAGGAAAAGCUCAGCAGAGACAGAAUUCUCUGAUGACUCUCCUAAUGCUGAAAAGGUUCUAAUGAAAUCUACGCCUCCGGCAUUUCACCAGACACAGAAGUACAAAGAAAGAAGCAUUUUGCACUCCAAGCGAACAUCAGAUGACAGAUCAGAUCAGUCAUCAGUGAAGUCUACAGACAGCAGUAGUUAUCCUAGCCCAUGUGCCAGUCCUUCUCCUCCCUUAUCUGGAAAGGGUUCCAAAUCUCCUUCACCAAGACCAAAUAUGCCAGUUCGGUACUUCAUAAUGAAAAGUAGCAACCUGCGAAACCUUGAUAUUUCUCAGCAGAAAGGUAUAUGGUCUACUACACCAAGUAAUGAGCGAAAACUAAAUAGAGCCUUUUGGGAGAGCAGCAUGGUUUACUUAGUAUUUUCUGUCCAAGGAUCUGGGCACUUUCAGGGUUUUGCUAGAAUGUCUUCAGAGAUAGGACGUGAGAAAAGUCAAGACUGGGGAUCUACAGGUUUAGGAGGUGUAUUUAAGGUGGAGUGGAUCCGAAAAGAAAGUCUUCCUUUUCAGUGUGCACAUCAUCUGCUCAACCCUUGGAAUGACAAUAAGAAAGUACAAAUAAGCAGAGAUGGACAGGAGCUAGAACCACAGGUUGGAGAGCAGUUGCUACAGCUUUGGGAUCGUAUUCCUUUGGGAGAGAAAAAUUCAGCUGAUUGACCAUAUAAAGUAAUGUGGCAGAGCUAUGACUGUCAAAAUGUCGUUUAUAACCAGUAGAAUCAGCAGUGUGCCUAUGAUACAAAGAUGAGGAAGAAGCUGGUGCAACAAGCUCUUGAAGUUGUUGGUAAUGCUCUACAGCUAGCACUGGAAAAAUAGAGGGAAUUCUGUUGGUUUCAGUAUUUCCCUAUGAUAACAAAUGUCGUAAGUUUUCACCAGGCUGUUCUUGACUGAAUGACAAAAUUUUUAGAGUAAGAUAUUCAGUGUGCAGUUGACCUUUAAAUACAUGGUUAAGUUCAAAUGAAGUUUAAAACAAUGGAGCAUUUAAGUUCAUUAUGGGCUUAGUCAUACAGCAGGUGGUUUAAAUGUAUUGUUUACAUUUAAACAGUCCCAACACAGUAAAAACUAUGAGAGAAACCAGUGUAAUAUUAAUUAGUCUUGCAGUUUGCUUAAAAUGAAUAAAUGAGAAUAGAUGUUUCCAAAUACAUUUGAAAAUUCCAUUAAGUACUUCUCGAACUUUCAUAUGUUCAGUGUGAGAGAGCAAGAUAUGUUCAGACAGCUAGGUAGAAGGAGAAUGUCAAAGCUUGGUUAAGUACAUAAAUGAAAGGAGCACGACACUUCUUUGAGAGAAAGAAGUUGGUCCAACAUGUGUUUCCAGUUUAUCUCCUUUAAAAGGUAGUCUCACUUUAGUAAGCUGAAAUAACCUUUCAAAAGGCUGAUGAGAAGGGAUAUUCUAGUAGAUCACUAACAUGUCCAUUGUUAGAAAAAGUUUUUUGUUUUUACAAAAAAAUUACCAGUAGAACUUUUUUCAUCAUUUAAUGUAGCCCUUUUACUUUCUUUUUAUAUCUCUUGAAAUUUAUCUUCUAUACUACUACUUCUUUUUUAAAUUAUUAUUAUCUUGAGAUUUUCAUUAGAGGUUAAAUUACUACAGUGUACGGGUGAUAUAAAUUCACUCUGCUCACUGUCUGCACUUACCUUUGUGGUAACUCUUGGAAUAAACUGAGAGCCUUCCUCCUUCUGAGCAGGCCUAUGCUCUUAAUGUUUCCUAGGAAUAUUCACGCAGAGUUCAGGGUACACUGUGUGUUCCUUUGUGCUCACUGUGUGGUGACUUCCGUACAUAAAGAAUAGGCUUUGUCUUCGUAAGAGCGAGUGAGUCCCGAGGCCUUGCUUUCCAGCAAGUGAUAAUACCCUUGUUUGUAUUUUUCCUGCCUCGUAUCCAUUCUCUGGUAUGCAUUGGGCUUGUUGCUGUGUUGUAUGGCUUUCAAGCAUGUAUGCAGGAAGUUUCUGUAGAAUUUUGGGCAGAUGGAGGAAAAAGAAUUAUAGUUUUUUUUUUUUUCUCUGACCUUCAAAUAUGGUUGAAGCAUGAUUAGGUGUGCUCUCCUUUCAGUAUUUAAUAGUUACUGUUUAAAAAAGAGAGGGAGAGAGAGAAAGAUUUAAAUUCUGGAAGGGAGAACAGACCUACAUUCAAACAGUCAUACAAAAGUCAUGAGUGGCCUUUAACAGUAAGUAAGAAGAAAUAGGUUGUAAUAUCUUUAUGCUUUUUUUUUUUCCAGGAAAACUUUAUGUUGUAGAUGAUUAUCUACAUCAACUAAAACUUUCAGGGUAUCUCCUGAUUUUUACUUUAUGUGUGUGUGUGUGUGUGUGGUUUUUCUUUUUUUAAUUCAAAUUAAAUUCAAUUUUCAGUUUAAUAGAUAUGAUUUGAGGUCAUAAACAAUUGGGUCCCAUUCUAUGUCACUGCUUAUGUUUUGCCAGCAAUGAUUUUAGAGCUUAUGUUUUUGUAUUUGACUGUUUAGUGUUUUGAAAUACAAAAGUCUGUAAUAAAGUUGUCUUUAAUUUUAGUUUUGGUUUUAAAUUGUUGUUUUGCAAAAUGAGCUUUAUAAAAUGUUUUCACUAAAUUCAAUGGUAAGACUGCAAGAGUUAGCACUUAAAAUCCAAUAUUCUACAGAAAAGUAAGAUUGUACUCGGUUUAAAACUCUAGGAGGGAAGGUAGGAGCUAAUUAUGUACUGCGACUUAAAACUGUACACUUACCUUUCACUUUCUUUGUGAAUGUUUUCAUGGUGAUCAGACUUCCUACAGUCGGUUUCAAUUUACCAGAUAAGCAAAUAUUUUAAAACAAGGUUCACAUGAUUUUGCUUGUUUUACUAAUUUUAGUACUGACAAAACAGGAUAAAUCAAUGUCCAUGGUGACGAUGUUUGCAUGUUAUUUUCUGGUUCUAAUAAGCUGACGAUUUGUUGUUCCGUUGAACUUACCUUACUUUACUGUUUGUAUUUUCUGCCUUCUCUUUCUUCCCAUGAAGCUGCACAUAUCUUCAUGGAUACAUAUUCAGGAUUGUUGCUGUCAGUAUCUGAGUAAAAGCUGAACUCAGGGAAGACUAAAUCGGAGUUAUGUCUUGAGCACAAAUCCAAAGGACCUGCCUUGAUGUUAGGUGAGGCAUAGAAAGGUCCUCUGUAAUGAGAUGAUUAUGCUAGCUUUUAAAUGAUGAUAUAAAAAAAGAAGUUUACCUCUGAUUUAUACAAUUGUAAGCUCAGUGCUAUGGUGUAUCAGUGCUUCCGACUAACUGUUGAGACCACCUUUACAAGACAAAAUCAACAGUAGUGUGUAGUUAGAAUUGCUGCUGCUCGUUCUGUGGACUUCCGACAUUCAGCAACAGUGUUGUAUGAUUUUGUAAAACUGAAAGUAAAUGCUUUUUCUGUAAACCGCAAUACUGCAACUUGUCUAUGCUACAGUCUGCAAGGAGUAUCGUAUAGUAAAUGUAAAUGUUUUCAUUUUUUAUUUUUGAAAUUACUAGGAGAGGUUAUUUUGAACUAAGAAACACUGAACAAUGUGAUACAUGGUACUCUUGUUUUGCUGUGCAAGUCACUUGCAGACAUACUUUUAUUUCUAAAUAAAAAUACAGAAGAAAGAUGUAUUAGCCUUGUGUGCUGUCAGUGCCUUUUACAUCUAAAUAAGCAGCUGUUUUAUGGUAGUACCAUAGUAAUAGAUAUUUUUGAAUGGUAACUGGUCAUACAAUAGCAUAAAUUAUUUCUGGAUAAGUCUAGCUGGUAUUCUCUUGGAUUCUCUUUUU